AUGCAGCCUGAGGGCGAAGAGGCGCUGCAGCACCCUUCUGCAGCAUGGCAGGGGCUUGAAGAAACAGAGGAAGGAGGGACCACUAGCAUCUCGGUGGACGCAUCAGGUUAUCAAACGGGCCCUCAGGGGGGCCCCUCAGAGGGCCCUGGCAGCGGCCGUCGCCGGCGAGUAGGUGCUGCAAGGGACGAAAUCUCAGGAAGGGGAGGAGGGGCCCCCUCCAGCCCGGGGGGCCCCCCACAGGCAGGUGGGGGCCCCCUGGGGCCCCCUGGGUCCCCUGGCUUUGGGGGUCCCGGGGGGCCCCCCGGGGGGCCCCCCGGGGGCCCCCCCGGGGGCCCCCAGGGCCCCGGGGGCCCCCAGGGCUCCUAUGGAAGCAGCUAUAUGCAGCAGCAAACCCUAGGAAUGAGGUCUAGGGGCCCCCUGCCCCCUCAAGCAGCACUUGCUGCUGAGGCCCUUGGGGGGGGCCCCCAGGGGCCCCCCGGGCCUGAGGGCCCCUGGGGCCCCCGAGAGCAAGGGGGCCCCAUGACCCCCAUGGGGGGCCCCCCAGGAAGGCCCCACCAAGGCCGGGGCAGGGGCUCCUGGAUGCCCUUUGGGGGCCCCAUGGGUUUGAGGCCCCCAUUUGGCCCCAUGGGGGCCCCUGGGCUUCCUCCCUUCAUCCCCAUGGGGGGCCCCCACGGGGGCCCCCACGGGGGCCCCCAUGGGGGCCCCCAUGGGCCCCCGCGGGCCCCUGGGGCUGUGGGCCCCAUGGGGCCCCCUCCCUUGGGGCCAUUCCCUGGGGGCCCCAACGGCUUGCCACCCCCACUAGAGGGGCCCCCCGGGCCCGGGGGGCCCCCCUUUGUGGACUCUGUGGGGGCCCCCCACGGGGGCCCCCCGGGGGGCCCCCCUGGGGGCCCCCAUGGGGGCCCCCACGGGGGGCCCCCCGGGCAUAACCUGCAGCCACCGCCGCCCCCGUUUCUACGAGGGUCUGGGGGCCCCCACAGCCCCGGGCUGGGCCCUGAGGGCCCCGGGGGGGGGCCCCCCGAGGGUCAGGGGCGGCUGAUGGGGCCCCAGAUGGGGGGCCCCCACCACAUGGGGGGCCCCCCACCCAGGGGGGGGCCCCCCAUGUUUCUCCCACAACACAUGCACCUCCAGGGGGGCCCCGGAAUGCCCCCGCCGCCUCCCCCUGAGGCAUUUGGCAUGCAGGGGCUGCCCCCAGAGUGGCUGGGGGGCCCCCCGGGGGGCCCCCCGGGGGGCCCCCCGGGGGCCCACCCGGGGGGGCCCCCCGUGGGGCCACACCUGGGGGGGCCCCCCAUGGGGCCCCUCAUGCACCAGCAGCAAGCCGAGACCGGCAUGCAUGCUGCAGCAGGGGACCCUGCAGCAGCAGCAGCAGCAGCAGCAGCAGCAGCAGCCUACAGUGCGGGGGAGCCUCCUCUUAGGGACCUCGGGGGCCCCUCUAUGGGGCACCACCCCGGGGGGCCCCUGGGGGCCCCCCUUGACGGGCAGCAGCAGCAGCAGCAGCAGCAGCAGCAGCAAGGCGGCCUGUGGAGCCCCGAGGAAGCAGCAGAAGCAGCAGCACCAAAGACAGCAGCAGAAGCAGAAGAGGAGGCCCUUUUUGCCUUUCUUGAAAAGGCGUUGGCAACAGCAACUACCCAGAGGCUGCUGCAGGAAGUAGGUCCCCUGCUGCUGCCCGAUGACCCAGCAGCAGCAGCAGCAGCAACAGCAGCAACAGCAACAGCAGCAACAGCAGCAGCAGCAGGGGGCCCCAAAGGGCCCCUGAGAUCUUCCACUCUGCGGCUGCUGCUGGAGCUGAAAGAGGGGCCCCCGGAGGCCCCCCUUUGGGGCCUGCAGGAAACCCCUCCCACUGCAGCAGCAGCAGCAGCAGCAGCAGCAGCAGCAGCAGCAGCAGAGCAGCCUAAACUCAAAGAAGAAAAGGAAGAAGAGGGGCCCCUGGGGCCCCCCUCCCCCCAGCGCCUGCGGCUCGGGGGCCCCCCAGAGGAGCAGCAGGGGGCCCCUGAGCUUCCUGCUUUACGCAUUCGGGGUGCUGCUGCUGCUGCUGCUGCUAAGGCUCGCGCGUGUCCCCUUGCUGCUUUGGGCUUCUCCCUUACUGCAGCAGCAAAACUCAAAACCCUCGCAGUUUAA